AUGGCGGAAUUUGGUCCAUCUAAAUACUCGGGCUUCCCUUCAGUGAGCUCAGAGCCUGACAGGGAGCGACGAGCUCCAUCAGGCCCAACACCUUUGGACUUCCCAGCGUAUAAGCUCCCUGAUGCCACAGAUGAUGAUCCGGAGGCGUCUUUGCGGCAAGUUCAUGAUAUUCUAGCGUCCAUCAGAAGGCCACAAGAUAUCACACUCGACAAGUUCAAAGCCCUCAAUUUGAAGGUGGAAACAGGUCUCUCUGCUUCAUGUAUUGUCCGUAAGGAUGGGCCCGAUUUUUUUCCUCCUCUGCCUUGGGAAGAUACGUCACCCAAUUCGUCCCCGUUGACCGAAGAUGGUUCCCCGAUCUUGAUGGAGAAUGGGAAUUCCUACCCACCAAAAGAGCGAUUUGAUGUGCUGAAGGAGGAACUACUUCUGGAAAAUGACGAUGCGUUUCGAGAGGUGGCACGGUUACCUCCGCGCGAGGGACGUCAAAGGGUCCGGGUGACCCAUGCGCGAAAAUUCUGGACGGGGCUAGAGCGAAUGGCACAGUACUGGGACACGAGCUUGGAUAACUAUUUUGAACGUCCUGCAACUCCCAACCAGGCGGCCGAAGGCGAGUCCGGAGACAGAAUGCAGACGGACAAUGAACCGUCACCCUGCAAGACUCAGCAAAAUCCGGAGACUCAGAUGGACAUUGACCACCCACUAAAUGCAGCAGCUCCUGAAAACAAUGUUCCUAGCGAGAGGGAUGGUGAGCCUGAAUUAGUAGCAAUGUACACGGGCCGUCGUAUUGGCGCUGGUCAUGAAAUGCCAGAGGAUAUUCGGGAAGAAACGAUUAGGGCAUUGACCGAAAUGGCGGCCUGGCCUUUUGGGUGCCAAGUGGCCCUUCCCAUGCUGCCUCCGAGACUAUCCCUCCGAACAUUGUUAUUCCCUGUUCGCCAGACGUUUGCGGCUGCUCGAUCGCCUAAAGAUCGGCAGCUAGCACGAAGUGGUGUCAUGGAAGGACCCGUCUUUUCCGCCCAGUGCCGACCUGAAACGUGCUUCCGGGCGCCUGGGGACGUUCCUGGCACUGGAUUUGGGGAGGUAUGUGAUUUGUUACGUGAGGUUGGUGGCAUGCUUCUAGCCGCCCAAGAACGAGCACGUCAAGGAAUGACAGAAGUGAGACCUGGCGAGGGAAAAUGGUGGACAGCGACGCCGCGAUGGGGUGGUGCACCCAAUGAUGCAGUGGGUGAUAGUGGCAAUUUUACCAAUGGUGAGGAAAAGCCGGUGUCGGAAAAUGGGAGUUCUCGCAAGCGCUCUAAAUACGAACAUCCCUUCUUAGCAUCCCGUCGACCUGGGUCCUCAAAGAAGUUGAGUAACAGCGAAAAGUGGAAAAUUGUUCAGCCAGGCCCUGGUCUUUGGGACAAGCGAAUGAGAUAUAUACAGAUCGGGAAGGGCCCAGACAACCCAUUUGAUGAUGUCAGUAGUUAA